UUUGCUCCAUGGUUAAAUUCCAAAAUUGUCUUCAUUCUAUGCCCUUCAUCAACUUGCCUUGUCUCUUCUCAGGCUGAAGGAUGCAUAUACCUUGUUUUGGAGUUCUGUGCUGGCGGAAAUCUUGCUUCUUACAUUCAAUUGCAUGGAAGACUUGAAGAAGAAAUUGCUAGAAAAAUUCAUGCAGCAACUUGUAUCUAUUUUAAAAUUGGGUGGCACGUCACACCUCUCACUUUCUUCAGGAGCUGGUUUGAAGGUGCUAAGUGCCCAUCAUAUCAUUCACCGAGAUUUAAAACCAGAGUCUUUGCUGUGAUAUUUGUUCUCACCCUUCUAGUAUCCUGA